AUGGACGAGCAGGAGACUGUGUAUGUUCUGAAGCCCAAACCGUUACGGAGCGUUGGCCCUGAUGGACGGCUUCGACAAAGAGUCAAAGCGAGAUUCGAGGGUGCUGAGCCCGAUAGCUCGAUUGAGCACAGGGUCAAGCAGUACCUACACGGACGAGAAAUUAUCGAGAGCGUCGCCCAGAGUCUCGUAGAUGAGCAAUUACAAAACGUAAUGGGUGGUCUAGAGCACUUUAUCAGCGAUACUCAACAUAAUGAUCAGCUACCGGUUUCUAUGUUGACGCAAGCUAGCAACAAGGUGGUUGUUGAGCGGCUGAAAGAGCAACCUGGAAUCGCUAUGGUUCAGAUCCAUUCGAAAGAGUGCCCCAAUUUGAAAUCGGCGUUGAAGCUGGUCGUGAAUCGAUUCACUAACCGAGAAAAACUUGACGACAUUCCAGUGGAUCGUCGAUUGACGUACGAUUUUGGGAUUCUAAACGACUGGCUCCAACCGGAGACCACCAAAAAACUCGUUGUCUACAUUGAGGACACAGAAUGCUUUGACGUCGCCAUUCUUGAUGGGCUCAUGCAUUACAUGACUAUUUAUUUGAACUGUUUGCCGUUUCAUUUGGUGCUGAGUCUGACGACGUCACCAAAGCUCGUUAUGGAAACAGUCUCGCAGUCGACAUUAUCGGAUAUCUCGGCUUGCGCGUUCAAUAUGAGUGCAGACACUUCUAAGUAUCUUGCUGCUGUCAGGGCCAAGCUGACUGAAAUUGAUAUUAAUGUGGGUGAAGAUCUCAUCCAGGAGCUAACACCAUUGAGGUUUGACAGGGCCGCUCAGGCGUUGAAGUACGCUGUCCUAGCCAAGUCUUGUGGCGGCCCGAACCCGAAGCAGAUUAAUGAUAUUGCUCUGCAUCGUACUGUGUUUGCACCAACGCAGCGGCCGGCUCUUGAAACCGCCCUGGCCGUUCCAGCCUACUUUGGCGGUGAUCAGUCGGCAAUUCCUCUCGCAGUGCUAUACCAAAUAUACCGUGAGUCAAGCAUGUACAUCAACAUCUUUGAUUUCUACACGGAGUUCCGUGCACACAUCAACAAACCAGAAACUGUCGACGAGUCGCUGUGGGAGAAACAAGCACUGGCCUGGUUUUUGGAAGGAAUUGCUGAGCUCAAACUGAUGGGUGUCCUGAGGGAUUGCAAGCGUAAGUUUGAGUGUGUGGAAAAAGUGAGCUGGAUGGGGGUAUAA